UACCAGCUGCCUGCUGGGAGACCAGGGUUCAGAGCUAAAUCUGCUUUGUUCAGACCACCAGGUGGACAGGGUCAGUUCUGGAAGUGGCCCCUUCUCUGUGGGAUCCAGGAGAUACACUAAGGGAGCCAUCAGGCUGCAUAGGCUGGAGAGGCUAGAGGAGGUCACCAGAAGCUGAGACCCGGCAAGGCCUCACCCACUGGUGCUUCCUCCCCUGGCAGGGCUGAGAGCCGGGCUCUGACAGGAGGAUGAAAGGUCUCCGCUGGCGUUACACUCGGCUGCCCAGCCAGGUGGAGGAUGCUCUGUCCGGGGAGGAGGGUAAGGAAGAGAAAGGGGAAGAGGAGAAGGAGGAGGAGGCAGCCUCAGCCCCAGCUCCUGUUCCUGAAGAUCCCGUGGAGCCCCAGCUGGCAGGAGCCAGUCAGGUCCUGGGAGCCUCGGAGAUUAGGCAGCUCAGCCUUCACCUCCCCCCGAGGCUCACUGGACGCUCCUGGAGCCUGGCCUUCUGCACGUCGAGGGAUGGCUUCAGUCUGCGGAGCCUGUACAGGCAGAUGGAGGGCCACAGUGGGCCAGCGCUGCUGGUGCUCAGGGACCAGGAUGGGCAGAUGUUUGGGGCCUUCUCCUCCUCGGCCAUUCGACUCAGCAAAGGCUUCUAUGGUACUGGCGAGACAUUCCUCUUCUCCUUCUAUCCACAGCUGAAGGUGAUGUUCUUAACCUUCCAGGUCUUUAAGUGGACAGGAAGGAACUCCUUCUUUGUGAAAGGAGACUUGGAUUCACUGAUGAUGGGCUGUGACAGUGGCCACUUUGGGCUGUGGUUGGAUGGAGACUUGUAUCACGGGGUCAGCCACCCCUGUGCGACCUUCAACAAUGAGGUGCUGGCCCGGCAGGAGCAGUUCUGCAUCAAGGAGCUGGAGGCCUGGGUUCUGAGCUGAUGUCCCCGGGGAGGGCAGCUUCCUGAGGCUUGGAUCUGCCCAUGGAUGCCACCUCCCUCUCACAGGGCAGCUUAUUCUGUCCCAAACGCAGACGGCGAAGUGUCUUAGUGCUGACUGUGGUUGUGAGCCAGCCUCUCAUUGCCUGAGGACCAAGACAGGCAUGGGAACAGGCAAUGUUCUCCUGGAGAGGGGACUUUGAAGGAGUCCAAGAAAAGACAUGCACACCUUACCUGAGCAGCACAAAGUGCCUCCUGAAAACGAUCUUUUUAGAAACUAUACAACUAAUACAUGUUUAUUAUAGAAAAACAGAAGAUAUAAAAAAUAGAAAUUGCCUAAAAUUCAACCACUCCCCGAAACACUAACAGCUUCAUGCACACUCUUCCGGACAAUCUUCCAAGGAGAUGCAUGUCUACAUCUUACGAGAUUCUACUCUAUGUGUUUUGGAAAUUAUUUUAACUUUAAAUACUGUCAAACCUUGGACAUCUGGACUCAACCACUGAAAUAAAGAAAGACUCCAGUGGCAUCCUUCUUUUCCUAGAA